UGGCAUCGAGACAUCUACAGAAAGGACAAUGUGGUUGUUAGUAAUGUUUGGCAACACACAUUGAGUCACAGGGGUCAUUAGAAACACUCGACAAACACACACCAGCAGUGAUUCACAGCUGAGCAGGAGAGAGAGCUGGAGGCGCACGAUGGGAGCAACUUUUAAUAAAUGAUCAGAUAAGCUCGAGAAGCAUCAAGCGAAGCGAAGAAGUCGAAGCAGGAACAAUAAGGAUCUGAAUCUGGAUGAUUCAUGCUGACUUUACUCGACGAGGAGGAAGAAAGAUCGCCAGUAGUGCUGUCGCCUUCGCAUUGCUCUGGUGAGGCAUUGAUCUGGUCUGAUCUGACUGGUUUAUUCGUUUAAAAGUCGCGAGGAUGGCACUCGCGUGAACGCGUCUGCUCGCUCUCGGGUCCGCAGUGAUGCAGUGAAGAUGGGUGCUGCUGUGGCGAGUCAGGCAUGCGCGGGCGGUUGAGCUGGCGUUUAGUACAGGAAGAAUGCACGUAUCCCAUGUCGGCACCAACAAAAUCUGCUUCCUGCUUUCCCUGGCAUUUUGUGCCCUACUGGUGCUCCUUAUUCCCUCCUUACAACCUCCACAGCGUCAGGCGGAUCUGCCCCAACCGCGACCCCCUGCCAAGCCCCCCAGAGCCGGACGCAGACACGACCUCUACGGGAUCCCCGGACAAGGAAGUCAUGAUGCCAAGGAUGGUAGUUUCAUUCACCCACUUCCUCCCGGAGGCCGACCCUGGGACCCACAGACGAUGUUAGAGGGGGACGCUGCACACGCCAACUCCCCUGGGUCCCGUUCCAAAGACUCGUUGGAUUUGAGAGACAUUUUUAUUGCCGUUAAGACCACCAGGAAGUAUCACAAGUCCAGACUGCAGCUCCUGUCUCAGACCUGGGUGUCCAAAGCCAAGGAACAGACGUUUAUCUUCACUGAUGGGGAGGAUAAGGACCUCAGGCAGAAAGCAGGGCUCAACAUCAUCAACACCAACUGCUCUGCGGCGCACACGCGUCAAGCCCUGUGCUGCAAGAUGUCUGUGGAGUAUGACAAGUUCAUCGAAUCACAAAAAAAGUGGUUCUGUCACGUAGAUGAUGAUAACUAUGUGAUCCUGCCCAGUUUGCUGGAUCUGCUGUCAUCCUACUCUCACACACAAGAUGUGUAUCUGGGCCGACCCAGUCUGGACCACCCCAUAGAGGCCGCCGAGAGGGUCAAGAGCGACGGAUCGGUGUCCGUGAAGUUCUGGUUCGCCACCGGAGGAGCGGGAUUCUGCAUCAGCCGAGGCUUGGCGCUCAAAAUGAGUCCAUGGGCAAGUCUUGGAAACUUCAUCACAACCGCAGAGAAGAUCCGCCUCCCGGACGACUGUACAGUAGGUUACAUCAUCGAGGCGUUGCUGGAAGUUCCUCUGACACACACAGGCCUGUUCCACUCACACCUGGAGAACCUCCAGAGACUCCCUACAGACAGCAUACUCAAACAGGUGACCCUCAGUUAUGGUGGAUUCGAGAACAGGAGGAAUGUGGUCAGUGUUGGGGGAGUGUUCUCAUUGGCUGAAGACCCUUCACGGUUUAAAAGCGUUCACUGCCUGCUCUACCCAGACACUGAGUGGUGUCCACGCAAGACUCGUCACUGACCGCUGGGAAACAACUCUUCAUGCCAAAAUAGUUCUCCGAAUAACUCAGCUGGUUGGUGAAGCUAGUCAACGUGUUUGUUUGUUUGGUACUUUUGUGUUUUUAUGGAGAAACAGGGUGGCUGUAAUUUAUUGUUGUCCUGAAAUAUAGUGUUUUUGCCAACUGAUUUACAUAUAAUGAGUCCCUGGAAGAUUGUGCUAUCUGUUAGAUUUACUAGGGGAUUUUGAUUUAAGACACAUUUUUGUGGCUUUUAUAACAUUUUUUUAGAGUUGUCUUUUUCCUAAGGGCCAUAAAUAUGUCCUGCACAAUACUAUAAAUUUGUGUGCAAGAUGAUCUCAUGAACACCUCCAUGGACGAGAAAAACAGUAUUGAUGCAGUUUAUAGUAUUUUGUUUUCAAGAUUUAUGCAACCAUCAGCUCAUCUAUUGCCAAUGCUCUUCAGCUUUAUGUUCUUCUCUGUUUGUGAUUUGUGGAUGACCGAAGACACUCAGUAUGUCUCUGGACGUACAGGCAGGAACUCUCGGAUGUAGUCGAGCAAUUAAACUCCACUGAAAAUAUACAGACCAAAAGCAAUUGUUGCAAAAUCUUGUUAAUUUAUCCAUUGCUUGCCAUUCAUAUUUUAAUAGAGUGGUUUAUUUAGUAGAAAACAACUUUUUGAAUUAUUUCCAUUGAAACACUAGUGUGUGAUGAUUCGAAACAUGACUGUUUAAAUGUGUUUUCUGUGCUGUUCGAAUGUUAUUUGCACAAACACGUUCCUCACUGCAGGCCAGUGGUUUGUGUUAACAUGCCAAAACUACACUAUACGCUUUCUGUCUUUCCUUAACGGUGACAAACAUUUUAUAAACGUGCUCAUUGACACUACCAAAUGCUAUUGCAGUUGAAUGUUUUUUGUUUUUUUUUUAAUCUGGUGACUUAAUGUUGUAAAGUGUGAUUUUCAUUUUAAUAAAUUUAUUUAUUAUGCUUGUG